UGCGAUCAACAAGCAGUCAAGACACAUCCACAGCAGCCAACAUGGUGAAACACAUUGUCUGCGUAGGCGCGGUUUACAUUGACACGGUCAUGAGCGUGCCGCAUUUCCCCGUCGAGGACCAAAAACUCCGCGCCUCGGGGCUCACGCGACGGCGGGGCGGGAAUUGCGCGAACACCCUCGAAGUCCUGUCGCAGCUGGUUUUCCAGCAAAGCGGCUCUGAUACAGAGGGUUCCGAAUCGCCCUCGGGAAAUACCCAGAUCCACCUGCUGUCGGUCCUCCCAAGCAAGCAGUCUGAUGCUGUCAAAUUCGUGCGCGAUUCACUGAAGAACGUCAAGAUGAACAACUCUUGCAUAUUCCGACCAACCUUCGCUGAGGCAGCGUCCAGCUUUAUUAUCCAGAACGAGUGGAAUAACUCGCGCACUAUUGUCAGCUACAAUGAGCUGCCGGAGAUGACGACGAAGGAAUUCAUCGCGAAAGCAUUCCUGCUUACCCAGGUGGAGGACGCGCUGGAAGGAUGGUAUCAUUUUGAAGGGCGAAUACCGGAGGUCACGCGCCAGUCCGUCGACUACCUGCGAUCAGCCAAAGAGCAGAGAGGAUUCAAGAUCAGUGUCGAGUGCGAGAAGCCUGAGCGACAGUACAUGGGCGUCGUUGCCCAGUCGGCUGACUGUGUAUUCUACUCGAAACUGUGGGCUGAGUCUCAAGGGUAUGGUGACCCCCGGGAGUUCUUGGAAGAACAAUUAGACGGGACGAAAUACGAUGCUAUCCUGUGCUGCACAUGGGGCGCAGGCGGUGCUGCCGCUGUCCAGAAAAGGCUCGAAGGGGACGAAAUCUGGGCUGACGUACCGGCAUGGCGACCCACUAUUGGCCCCUCGAUAGUCAUCGAUACAAUCGGUGCGGGAGAUACGUUCAUAGCCGGCAUGCUCUACGCCCUGGCAUGCCACGAAGACUGGACUCUGAAGCAAAAACUCGACUUCGCGAACGAAGUCGCAGGUCGUAAAGUUAUCCAGGAUGGAUUCAAGGGCUUGGUAGCGAAUAUGCGCCCACACCUGAACCCCCGCGAUCAAGCGUCAAGCCAUCGACUGAGAACUGUGGACUGAAAGCCACGGCCCAACUGAUUUCCUUCUCACUAUCGACUUAUUUAGCAUGCCUAUGAUCGGCUACAUGCUCUUAAUUUUCUCUUCCCACAAGCCCUUCGCGUUCCGAUGGAAAACAUCCUCUUUCUCUUCCGUGGAGAGGACGUCAGCAUUAGCAAGUCUGGCGAUAUUAGCAUUCACACCCCAAAAGCCUAUG